UCCAAGACAAGGGCCUCGUUACUUUGGUUGAUUCACCAAGCCUACCGAUUUGGACAACUUCCAGGAGACCUUGUCGAUCCAUUCUUUAAAGACAAGGAUGGACAUGACCACCUUAAACCCCUGGUCAUCAAACUACUAGGGAGCAGUGAGUUAUAUUGCAAAGCUAGUCAGCAGGUGUUUAAUUGUAAAGACCAGCCAUGGUCAACCCAUAUGAGUGUGAUGCAAGCCCUGUCUCGUAGGGGCGUGUACGUCUUGGAUGAGAAUGACCAGGCUGUAACACAAGCUGUACUUGCACAAACCACUAAGAUAAAGCUGCCUGCCCACCUUGCUAUGAUGGAUGCCUUAAUGAUGGCAUAUGCUUGUGAACUGGUGACUGUUGAGAAAAUAGUGCAUGCAGUCAGGAAAUUUACCAGUUUCAAUGCAUCUAGUGAGUUGCCCUAUGACAUAGAAGAUGGUUUGUUAUUUUGGUUGAACAAAGUAGCGUGCACAACUCAACAAAUCAUGGAGAAAAGGCUACGGGAACAACAGCAACAUUACAUAGAUAACCCUAUGCAGAAGAUAAGACUUAGAAGACCAAAUCUACCACCGAAAGAAAUGCAGAACAUCCCCCUGAUGGAGAACCUCUUGACUGAUAUUGGAGAUGGUUGUUCAUUGGCUCUUUUGAUCCAUUUCUACUGCCCACAGGGAGUGGACUUUGAAGAUAUUUCAUUGAACAAGACAAUGUCUCUGGCAGAGUCCAUGCACAACCUACAACUGGUGAAGGCUUUCCUUGAUCACUAUGUUCCUGGAUCAUUCCAUUUUUGUUACGAGGACCUUCUGUACUCGCACCCAAAGUUAAAGACUAAUAUCUUGGCCAUUCUGGCUGAGUUGUUCUACCUGACAGAAGUGGAAACACCAGACUGGGUUCGACCUUUAUACUUGCAACAACAAGAAGAUUAUCCUGGUCGCUAUACACCUCAGGUUCCGAUUAGUAACAUAACCAAGAUGAGUUUCCAAGUAGGCCAAAUGAGGCAUGCCACAAGCAAUCCAGAAAUAAAUAAGACUUUAUCAAGAGAACCGCUGUUACCCAAACGACAUCACCAACAGUAUGGCUCACAUGAUGAUAUCCUAGACCACCAUAAAGUCGAUGACAUCACCAUUAAGCAGUCUAUGCUAGCAUGGCAGGACAAGAACCAAUUGCUUACACCAUUGAAUCGAGUACAAAUUGCAAGCCACAACAGUGGGAGUUUACUUGCCAAUGUUAGCAUAGAUAGCGACCUAGAUGACGGUGAACAAACUCAGGAUAACCAGCUGACCUAUAGGAUGACAAGCAGCCAAGGUGCUCCUCAAGUGACAGCUAACAUACAGGAUCCAUUGGAUGAAGCUGAUCUGGAGAUCCAAAGCUUAACCUCUCCCAAGAGCUCAUCCCAGGGGUCCUUGUACCAAAAGGACAGUGGCGUUGACGUUAUGAAUAAAAGCGGACAGAGCUUGGCUAGUAAAUCAACCGGUGGUCCGGAAUAUUUCAGGCAAGAUGAAAACACAUAUGUAACAAUGAUGAAUGAAGAGAGUAGAAAGGCUACUGUAACCAGGAACUCUACAUUCCGUGUUGACAGACAACCACCAGUACAUCCAUUGGUUCCCAGCUCUGCGAAUGUUAUACGGAAGGAAACUUUUAGAGUACAUGAUAGAGACAAAGGAAAUGUUCGACAACGCUUUGUUUAUCCCCAGACAUCCUCAAAAGAAAGUAGGACUUCUUCUCACGGUCAGGACAAUUCUAUGUGUGGUGGACAAGACCAACGGAGUAAUCUAAGUCUGGUUGUCCAGCCGGUUGAUAUGAAACUGCCAAGACAAGCUGUAUAUACUGAUGGAAUUAUGCCAGCAAAUGUCCGACCCUUAAAAGAAAAAGUGAACUAUGUAAAUAAAGAUCAUGAAUAUGGUGAAACGUCUUCCAGUCACAGUCCUCGUAGUACGAGUAGUAAUGACUCCAGUCGCGUAAUGACAUCAUGGGGUCAAAGCCGGGGAACUUCUGGUACACCGGACAGUUUUGGUGCAGUUACUCCUCUCAGUGGAAUGAGCACAGGUUCUUUGACCAGUGCACCAAGUCAUGCAAGUGAGCAGCGAAGGGUUUUUGAGUCACCUAGACAGCAAUGGAACGCUGGAGAGCCUAACAUGGCUAAAGCGAGGGGCGGCGAAGCUUUUUAUAUUAACACAGAUGAACAAAUAGGGACUGGUCAGGUUGUAGAUAGUGGGUAUAAGAGACAUGGUGUUGGGGAUAGUCUCACUGUUAGUAGUAGAGUAUACAAUGUCCAACCAGUAGAGAUGUCAACGUUGCAACAUGAGUACAUGCCAUCUCAAACUAGAAGAUCACAUGAGUGGAUGGGGAUGCCGAGUACGUUGACUGUCGUCCAUGCACGCCAGUCUUCAGACCCUCAGCAGUUGCAAGCUUUUGAUCGCUACCAAACAUCGUCACAUGGGAUGGAACCUUUAAUCACACAUAGUCCCAAUUCAAGCAUACACACUGAACUUUCAAAACCCAAUCAAUCAUUCCAUUAUCAUGGAGGGAAGUUACAGAACCAAGGCUAUGGCCAAAGUACAGGUAUGGAUAUCUAUAGUGCUGGUGAUCAUGUGUCAUACUCCCAUUCUGAUAAAGAGUCUUUCAAACUUCAAUCUGAAAUGUUAACCAAAGAAACUCUGGCUGCCAAUGAGGUAACCACCUCAUUUGCGCCACUAGUGUCACAGUCAGCUGACCAAAUUGAUAGGCAUGAGUCUAUAAAUUAUGAUGUGUUCUCACAUCCAGAUGUUGAUGAAAGACUUGACCCCAUGCAUGUAGAUGUUGUAUCAAGUGAUGUAAAUGUUGUAAAUGGUGAAUCGCAUGGCAUGACUACAUGGAUUAAAAAAGUAAAGCAUGAAUCUGACUCUGUACCCUCUAUCGAUGCAGGUAACAAGACGGACAAUUCUUGGGAACCCUCUGCUUCAGAGAUGCUCCAGCUACGUUUGAAACUCGAAGAAAAACGUCGUAACAUUGACCGCGAGAAGCGGAAGAUGGAACGCAAUUUCAAUAAACAAAGGCAACGUGUAGGAAAGGCAGCUUUCAUGCAAAUAAUUAGGAAUGAAAAUAAUGAACUUGGCGAUGCUUGCCAUGAACAUCAGCAUCAGUUGCAAGGUGAUUUCACGAGUCAUGUGGAACCAAGUAAAAUAACAUUUGCAGACCUUGGGUCAGCUAAACAAAAUCAAAACAAAGUUAAAGAUGAACUAUUAAGAAAUGUCUCAAGUUUCCCUCAUACUGUCCCAACAGGAGGCAGUGCACCCACAGUGGGAGUUAUACCAUCAAUAGGGUCUGUGUCGGGAGUACAUUCUGGAACGCAUUCGCCACAUCUCACAACCGACGAAUAUAAUAAUUCAAUUGAGAAGAUGAAUGCUAAUCUUUCGCAAUUGCAGAAUGAAAUAACUCGAUUAUCUCAACAACACGAGCGGAUCAUUCACAAUAUUGGAUCUGAACCUCAAAGUGCAAACCAAGAGUCAAACCAAAUUUCAGAAACAAAAACAAGCUCUCCCUCUGGUGGAUUUUUCUUACAAAAUUCUGGACCAGUUGAAAAGACAAUAGAGACAGAUAAAAAUUCAAAUGGUUUUUAUCUUCAGGGCCCACCUCAAUCUAGUGAACCUCAAGGCUUUUACUUGGGCAAAGAGGAUAGAUCUAGCCCUCAAUUAGAAAAGAAUCAGUGUCAUGAAACAUCUGAAGAUAAAAAUGAUGGCUGUUCAUUUAUACUUCAUUCCCAACCACCCACAUUAAAUGUUGCUAAUGUUGAAGAUAAUAGUCACACAUCCAAAGAUGAUGCUUUCACUCAAAAUAUAAAUUACCAAGUACCUGAUACAAGUAGAAAAAUCAGUGAUAAUAAAAUUCCAUACGAUUCCAUAUAUGGGCUGUCAGAUCAAGUGCAAGGCAACGUUCCACAAUUUAAGGACUCCGAUUUUCAUCAUUAUAAUGCUAAUGUCGAGAGGGUAAGUAAACAUGCAUCAAGUGAGGUAGUCGCAGAUGUCGUUCCGCAACCUGUUAUAGAAAAUAGAGCUAUUGAAGAUAAUGAACCUAAAGUUACUCAAACUGAAGAUCCGGCCGAGCACAGAAUCGAAGGCUUGGUUGAAAAGAAACGCUUUGCUAAAUUUGAAAUCGGUAAUGAGGAUGGGGAAUUCAAAGACAAGGUUCGGGCACGGCCUAAACGAUUCUCAGUUAAUCUUGAUAGUAGCGAUAAUGAAAUCACAAUUGUCGAACAAGUACAUAAAGAGAAAAAGUCGGCAAAAUCUUCAAAGACCCCACCAGUGGAAGUAAGGAAAGCACCAGUAAAACCAGUUGAGCUAACACAAGAGCCUGUUAAUGCGGUACACGAGGUGCCAACGAAGGACCAAUCAGAAAAGAGUACAUCUGUUCUAGAUGAUGCAGAGGAUCAAGAGGCAAAUGUUUCACAUAACAGAUCAACUGGGUUUGUUAUAGAUGAAGAAAAGGUAGCUGUGGAUGAUAUUGCUAAGAAGAGAGACCAAUUUCUUAAGAGCCGCUUAAAAAGACAGGAAUUAGAAAAGGUAAAGCAAGCAAAGAGAGAGGCAUUGAGAGAGAAGCAAAGGGAAGAACAAAGGAGGAAACAGGAAGAUAUUGAGAUGAAGAAAGCUGAAGAGAAGGCAAGACGUGAACGAAUCCGCUUGGAAUAUCAGAUUCGGAAGCAACAGGAAGAGGAUGAGGCAAACGGGAAAGCUGCGAAACCUAAACAACAAAUGGUUUGUAACAUUACUCACAAAGGCUUCUUUGUUUACUUGCCCUUCUGUUUUAAAUUCUCUGUUGGUUUUAUUAUUUUGUUUGUGAACACUUUCUAA